CCAGGCAGGCAUAUCUCCGGUCUAGAAAGUGCAGGACAAAAAGCAAGGUCUGCUCGAAGACCAGAAGCUGAAAGAAAAUCCACGCGAUCAGACCUCCUCUUGGUUCGUCUCCUCUCAGAAGGACUCCAGACCUCUGCAUCUCAUCUCUCAACAUCCGGGUCUAUAUUCCAGUUUUGGAUCUCUACAUAGGGAACUUCUGCCGGAGGACAGCAACGUUUUUGUCCUAGGAAGAAAGGGGUGACGUUCCAGGAAGGCCACUAACAUCGAAUCACACAUAAUAACUCCUCUGGAUCAGGGUUUGAGGAGUAUUAAGUGAGAUAAGGCAUUCGAAGGAACCAACUCAGAUUCACAGACAGAGGACCUGUGUGCUUAAAGUCUAAGAGUGGAGGAAGAACCUGAGGAGCGGCUUCCUCAGAGACCCUAAUAAAACCAGAGAGCCUCACCAGGGAGCUGAAAGGUCCACAGACAGCGUCACUCGGAUCUUAUCAUGAAACCAUCACACAGUUCCUGCGAGGUGGGUAGCAUGACUUUCAGGUGCUUGAGGCAGAAAACUGGAGCUCCAAGAAUGGGUCUGUAUUACAAAGAGCUGAGCUCCCCAAACAUGGACCGGUCUCCUGACCACUGUCUUCUGUAGAGGAUGAAUACAAGUCCCAAGACUGGAGAGCAAGGCUAUGGGGAGCAGAUGGAUUGUAUUCAGGUGCUGUUGCAGAAAAGUAUUCUAGGGAAACCUCCUUCUUGAUGUGAGGACAAAACAAGUCUCCAGAUGUCUCCAGAUGUUUCAAGCAUGCAUGUGAGGGCUGGGUUGGAGAACAGCUUUCAAGAGUCCGUUCGCUCUCCCCCAUGUGGGUUCCUGAGAUUGAACUCAGGUCAUCGGAUUCGGCAGCAAGUGCCCUUAGGCUGCUCCACUACUCCCCAACAUGGCAGAGACCCAUUAUGCUCCCCUGAGCUCAGCCUUCCCCUUUGUCACGUCAUACCAAACAGGCUCCAGCAGGUUACCUGAGGUCAGUAGGAGCACCGAAAGAGCUUUAAGAGAAGGAAAACUACUGGAACUGGUCUACGGAAUCAAGGAGACUGUGGCAACAUUGUCCCAGAUUCCAGUGAGCAUCUUUGUGACUGGGGACUCUGGCAAUGGCAUGUCAUCUUUCAUCAAUGCACUUCGAGUCAUCGGCCAUGAUGAAGAUGCCUCGGCUCCCACUGGGGUGGUGAGGACCACGAAGACGCGGACUGAGUACUCUUCAUCCCACUUUCCCAAUGUGGUGCUGUGGGACUUACCUGGAUUGGGGGCCACAGCCCAAACCGUAGAGGACUAUGUGGAAGAGAUGAAAUUUAGCACAUGUGACUUAUUCAUCAUCAUUGCCUCUGAGCAGUUCAGCUCGAAUCAUGUGAAGCUGUCCAAAAUUAUCCAGAGCAUGGGAAAGAGGUUCUAUAUUGUCUGGACCAAGCUGGACAGGGACCUCAGCACCAGUGUCCUAUCAGAGGUCCGGCUCCUACAGAAUAUCCAGGAGAAUAUCCGAGAGAAUCUGCAGAAGGAGAAAGUGAAGUACCCCCCCGUGUUCCUGGUAUCCAGUCUAGACCCUUUACUAUAUGACUUCCCGAAGCUUAGGGACACACUUCAUAAAGAUCUCUCCAACAUCAGGUGCUGUGAACCCUUAAAGACCCUUUAUGGCACUUAUGAGAAGAUCGUUGGUGAUAAAGUAGCAGUCUGGAAGCAGAGAAUAGCCAACGAGUCCUUGAAGAAUUCUCUCGGUGUCAGAGAUGAUGACAACAUGGGCGAGUGUCUGAAAGUGUACCGACUGAUAUUUGGUGUAGAUGACGAAUCAGUUCAGCAGGUAGCCCAGAGUAUGGGGACAGUAGUCAUGGAGUACAAGGACAACAUGAAGUCCCAAAACUUUUAUACUCUCCGCAGAGAGGACUGGAAACUGAGGCUGAUGACAUGUGCAAUUGUGAAUGCAUUCUUCCGUUUGUUGAGAUUUCUCCCAUGCGUAUGCUGCUGUUUAAGACGCUUGAGACAUAAACGCAUGCUUUUCUUAGUUGCCCAGGACACCAAGAACAUCCUAGAGAAAAUCCUGAGGGACUCCAUCUUCCCUCCGCAGAUCUAGUAUAAGGGCAGCCUGGUACCCUUCUUCUUCCACAGAAGCCAGGUUACCUUAGAUCUCUUUCCUAGAUCCCUAUUUCUCCACCAGAAAUCAAGAGAUACAAAAAUGCUUCCUGUAAGGGUUUUAGAUUCUCUGAGAGGAGUUAAAAUCACUCAUCUCCCCUGUCUCGAUUCUAAUGCAUUGUUCCACUGAGGGACAGGGACAAGUAGUGAUUAAAAUUCAUUGACCAUGAUUCUUAGAUUUGGAAUAUAGAAAUUUUGUUUUUGGGCUGGAGAGAUGGCUUAGCAGUUAAGAACACCAACUGCUUUUCCGAAGGUCAUGAGUUCAAAUCCCAGCAACCACGUGAUGGCUCACAACCAUCCGUAGUGAGAUCUGAUGCCCUCUUCUGAGAUGUCUGAAGACAGCUACAGUGUACUUACAUAUAAUAAAUAAAUAAAUAAAUAAAUAAAUAAAUAAAUCUUUGGGAAAAAAAUUAGAAAUUUUGUUUUCAGCUAUUAAAUGUGAUAUAUGUCCAAAUCAAUUUUCCUCUGAAACAAUAAAGUCGGUUCCUCUUCAUUAA